AUGAAAAUGAACGAAGAGGAUGAUGAGGAUUUGAAGAAAAGUGUCGAGGAAGAUAUUCUUAAAGCGUUUCUAGAGGAAGACUUUAAGUCACAACACUAUGAUUCUAUAUGGGAGUGCCUUCAACACAACCGAAGAGCGAUCGCCGUCAAUGGAUUCAUCAUCGUGUUCCUUAUCGUCUACACCACGAUCGGUGGAUUCAUCUUUCUGAAUUUCGAGUUCGAAUACCAGCAAUACAUGAAACAGAAUGCGACUUUAGAGAAGAGACUUUGUAUUGAGUCUCUGUUGAAUCGGGAUAAUCGGUUGAGAUUGACACGGGCGUCGGAUGUGGCUGCAGCAAUUGCGGAGAGGUGUUUGACGGAAAAAGUAAAAGACGACCGAAUGCAAUGGUCAUUCAAGUCAGCCGCUCUCUACUCACUGGGAAUUCUCACAACUUUGGGCUACGGAAAGAUCGAACCACAAACAAUAAAUGGUCGAAUAUCUACAGUAAUCUAUGGUUUCUUCGGUAUCCCACUCACAGUCAUUCUCCUCACAAACUUUGGAAGAUAUCUCGAAGCGAUGGCCACCAGAUUCCGACGUCUUCUAACAUGUCGUCGACGUCGUGAAGACGAAGAGGAGAACGUCUCCGGGAGUACUCUGUUCUUUAUCGUUCUAGUCUAUCUCAUUCUUGGCGCCGUCAUGAUUCCUCUGAUGAGCGGUCAAUUCGACUUUUUCAACGGAAUUUAUUAUGCAUUUAUCUGUUUGACAGCUAUCGAAUAUGGAGAUAUCAUUCCGCAAAAUAAUUGGUUCCUACCGAUCAGUGUCUUCUACAUGUGUACGGGACUCGCCAUAUCAACUAUUGCUUUAGAUAUUGGAUCAAUUUAUGUCAGAAAGCUGCAUUUCAUCGGAAAGAAAAUCAAAAACAUUGCCAACAUUCGUAUUUGGUUUGGUGCUAGAAAUCUGGAAGUCCGAGAACUUAUCACAGCUGUCGGUCAAAACAUCGGAAUCGAUCAGAAUGUGAUAGCCGAUAUCGAUAUCGAUACAUUGGUGAAGACGGCGAUUCAAGUGAAGCUAGGGAGACUUUCGAGAGUCCCACAGACACAUAUGAUUGUUGAGGGAAUAUGGCCACCCGAGUUGGUGCCGCUUUUUAUGAAGGACGGCCAAUUCCCGCUUUUUGUGGAUUCUGAGGAUGAUUUGACUGGACUCCGACCGAAAAAGUACUCGGUGCAUUUUGAAGACGAGCCGAUGAUUUCCGAAAUCGAUGACACUUCGGAUUCAGAGUUUGCUGCUGACAAAUCGCAGACGACGUCUUCAAGAUUGUCUCCGAUGCCGCCACGACGACCGUUACACUUGAAACUUGAGGAUUCCACGACUGAUUCUUCCGACCCGGCGAGACGCGAUGGAGUGAUGAAUUCUUCGGAAGUUACUACAACACUCACCUCCGAAUUAUCCACCGACACUUAA